GUCUCCGAAAACGACAAAUACAAACGACUCACGACUCCCUUCCUUCCUUCCUUCCUUCCUUCGAUCUCGUCUGCUGCAGCGGCAAUGUCUGCUCCGUUAGCCCGAAGGUGCUGUGGCUCCAAGAUCAAGCUCCUCGCCGCCACUCUCCUCCCUGCAUCUUCCGCCGUCGAACCCCGCCCUUCUCCUCCCUCUCAGCCUGCUGUUCCCCUCAACCGCUCAUUCCCUCAAACCCCAACCUUCCCUCGCCUCCCCUCUUAUUACCAUCAUCAUCAUCAUCCUCAUGUCCCUCCUCUUUGCUCCUUCCCCCUCCCGCCCUCCUCAUCCUUCUCCACCACCUCUCCCUCCCAUCCCGACAAACCUCCCCAUCCGACUGACUACCCCAGCCAAAACCCCAACUUCAAGCACCAGGAGAUCGAGGGCCCCACCGUCGAGCGCGACCUCUCUGCUUUGGCCAACGAGACCCGCCAGGUGCUCGAUGAUUUGAUCAAGACCCUCUACAGCUCCAGCAAGGCCAUUGCCGCCCUGGGUCUCCUCCAGCUCGCCCUCGGCGCUUGGAUCUCCUACCUCACUCGCUCCUCCCCCAUCUUCGAAGCCUCCCUCCUCGGCUGCGUAGCCUUCGGCUUCCCUUUCUCCCUCGCCUUCCUGGUCCGCCAGUCCGUGAAGCCCAUCUACUUCUUCUAUAAAAUGGAGCAGCUCGGUCGCCUCCAGAUCCUCACCCUCUCGCUUCAGGUUGCCAAGAGCUUGAACCUCUUCUUCGUCCGGGCUCGCGGGGUUUCCUAUUUCUGUGCUGCGGCUCUCUCCUUUGGUGUCUUGUUCACUUUGCUCUCCAAAUGAUCCCUCUCUCUUUUUUCGGCAUCCGUUUUUGUUUCUCUGUAGCUUCUCAUAUCUAUAUCAAAAGCACACAAGUCAUGGGUUUACCAAAUGGCUGGCCCUUCUCUCUUAGGUAAUUUUGUGAAGAGUAAGAAGCGCCAGAGAUUUUGAUUGUGUGGCCCCUGACUGUUGUGGAAACCAUAAAUAAAUUGCCCUGAAAAUCGAGUCCCUACUUGCGACAGCAAGUUCAUUCUGUCAAAAAUUGUAGCUUGUGAGAACUGCGGCAACUGCCUAUUCUAUAUGCUUUCUGAUAGAUGGUCUCCUUAUAAUGUACUUUA